CGUCGCCUUCCAACCGACGACUCCGUUGAUCUUUAUAAACCACGGUCUUUUACGAGAGCAAUUCGUCUGGUCCCAAUGGACCACAUACGGUCAAGAUGCAGUUAUUUUCUUCCCUUGUGAUACCCAUUUGCCUAUUGGCAGCUCAAAUCUUAGCCUCGGAUUACCACGAGCAACUUGUCCUUAAACCAUUACCCCAGUCGGCGCUCCUCGCCAGCUUCAACUUCCGAUCCAAUACCAGCUUGGCCCAGUUCGAGAACCACAACUUUCGAUACUUCCCACGAUCGCUGGGUCAGAUUUUGCAAUAUGCCGGCACGAGAGAGCUUCACUUGAGGUUUAGCUUGGGCAGAUGGGACGCGGCCAGCUGGGGUGCAAGGCCAUGGGAUGGUACGAAAGAGGGCGGGACGGGCGUAGAGCUCUGGGCGUGGUUGGAAGCCGAAACAGACGAGGAGGCGGAUCACAAGUGGCUCACCUUGACCAAUGCGCUGUCGGGCCUCUUCUGCGCAUCGCUCAACUUCAUUGAUGGCACCCGAACCAUACGACCUGUUAUGUCCUUCCGACCUGAGGGAGACCACCUGAACAUCACCAUGGCAAACAUGCAUCUGCUGCACGGGGUUCUGCCGCGGGAGGUUGUCUGUACAGAGAAUUUGACGCCUUUCCUGAAGCUUCUGCCGUGCAAGGGGAAAGCUGGAAUAUCGAGUCUCCUAGACGGCCACAAGCUGUUUGAUGCUUCAUGGCAGAGCAUGGCUAUUGAUAUCCGCCCGGUUUGCCCUGCUGGAGAGGAGUGCAUAUUGGAGAUCCAACAGACGAUUGAUAUGGUACUCGAUAUCGAGCGGUCCAAGCGGCCAAGGGGCAAUCCCAUUCCCCGUCCAGUUCCGGGCCACGAACUGAAGUGCAACAGCAGCAAGCCUUACCAUGAUGAACACACUUGUUAUCCAAUUGGCUUCGUAGCCGGCCAAGAGUGGUCACUACAACAAAUCUUCGGGAAGUCCAUGCACGGCACGUGCCCGCUGACGGAUCCCAACAUCGCCCCAGUCUGCAUCCAGGCCCCGCACAGCAGGGAUGUGUUCACUUCGGCCGGGGUGAAGGAGUUGAAGGACCCAAACUUCCCGCAGCGUUGCUACAUCAUUCCUGAGAAUGAAGACUUCCAGAUUGUACUGCCAAGCAUGCAACACGUAGGCGAGAACGCCAAGUCCGAUACCGACGAGUACCUUGAGCCAGAUACGCCGCUUUUGUAUGCAGAACGCAGCUUUACUGGCCACGGUCAAGAAAGGGGCGGCGUACAGACGAUCCUGACGAACCCAAGUCCUGACCAGGAGGUCGAGUUUGUCUACAUGGAGAGCCUCCCGUGGUUCAUGCGCAUUUAUUUGCACACACUGCAAGCACGUGUCUUGUCAGGCGAAAGCGGACACCUGCGGAAAGAUGAGGAUGUGGUCGAAGAAAUCUACUACCGCCCCUUCCUGGACCGACAGCGUGGUACUCAACUGGAGCUCCGCAUGCGCAUUCCGCCACAGAGUACUGUCUUCCUUACUUACGAUUUUGAGAAAACCAUUUUGCGGUACACCGAGUACCCGCCCGACGCGAACAGAGGAUUUGACGUCGCAGCUGCUGUUAUUACCAUAUUACAUGCUGACCAGACCAAGAGCACGCGCGCUUUCAGCAAUUUGCGGACAAGUGGCCUGCUACUGAACCUGCCGACUCCUGAUUUCAGCAUGCCAUACAACGUAAUUAUCUUCACCAGUACGGCUAUUGCGCUAGCAUUUGGUGGUUUAUAUAAUAUUCUUGUCCGGAGGUUUGUUGGACAGGACGAGGGUCCUGAGGUUACUUUGAUGGUGCUGAGGCGGAAGAUUGUGGCAGUGCUGAGCAAAGUCGCCGGGAAGUUAAAGCGGGCGAACAGGAAAGAGAAAGCGGAAGGCAAAACGGAAUAGCUUACAUUGGACGAUUGACUUCAACUACAGAUAUAAUACGAAAGCUUCGGGUGAUACGGGACGCUGGGGGGGAGAGAGCCUCCAUAUGGUUUGCGUAUUUCUCGUGCGACAUUCCUGACUGGAGAAUCAGACGCGGCACCCUCUUUUAGAACGAAGUGGGACUUUAUCUCUUGACCACACUUCGCUCAGUCAGGUAGUUCGGUGGCCAAUCACUUUAAAAGUCAUUCAAUCGGCAAGUCAACUGAGGUAGUUUAGUUUGCGUCACGGGAAACGGAAAUCCCAAGUGCAUAUGCAACUAAGUCAUAAAGUUCCCGAUUAACACAUACACAGAACUGCAUUGAGGCCGGGCUUGCAGACUCAAACGUUUUGUCCCAUAACCCAGUCACCAUUUAACCCCUAUUCCACGUCUCUCAAGCACCUAAGCACUCCCAACAUUGAUAGUCGCAC